CAGCCCUACGUCAGCAUCACCGGAGUUCCAUCAACAUCAUCAUCAUCAUGGACUACGCAACGAUACAGACGCUCCACAACUCUCUUCCCUCGUUCUCGCCUUAUGUCCCCACGUCACUGCUGCCGUUCAUAGCUCUCAUUUUGCUGUCGUCAACAUUUGCCCUUGCAUUUUAUUUCUCCACACUUCCUAAAACUGCCCCGAUUCGAGAGUUGGGCGUCGGGUUGCUCGCAAGCGUGCUGGGCGGAUUUGGCGUGGUGGCACUCUUUUGUAGUGUUGGAGUGUACGUGUAGUCCCGUGCUUGCACGACACACACUUGUCGCGGUAUCGUCGGCAAGAGUCUACAGGAU